AAUCGAUUUUAUGAUAGUGUGGACGGACAUCGAAGUUAAUGGCCUCCGGGACGUAUCCCACAGUGCUCUAGUGGCCGCUCUACACAGGUAAAGGUACUCUACUGCUGGCCAGGUAAACAGGAAAAGCCCCGGGAACUUUGAAAUUCCAUUUCCUGCUUGCACAGCGUGGAGCUCUCAGCAGCAGAGAGAAGAAUGCAGUCUCCUGAAAAUAGGAAAAGAGCUCCAGCAUGGAGCACACAGGAGUUACUCGAUCUGAUAGCUGUAUGGGGAGAAGAGUCAGUGCUUUCAGAACUGCGCUCGAGCAGACGAAAUGAGAAAACCUUUGAAAAAAUUUCUAAUGCCAUGCAGGAGAGGGGACAUACCAGGGACUCGUUACAGUGCCGAGUGAAAGUGAAAGAGCUCAGACAGGCGUAUCAGAAGACCAAAGCAGCAAAGGGCAGGUCAGGCUCUGCCCCCAAAACAUGCCGGUUCUACAACGAGCUUAACGCAAUAUUGGGGAACAGCGCAACGACGAACCCCCCCUUGUCUGUGGAUUCAGAGGUGGGCGUCGUGAUUCCUGCCACUACGGAAGAUUUAUUUGAUGGCGAUGAUCAGUAUGAUGAGGACCAAGAGGAGGAGGCUCCAGCAGAGAGCACAGAGCAUUUUAUCCCCCCGAACAGCCAGGAUCUUUUCCUCACCCUUACUGAGGUUCCCUGCCAGCCAUCUCAAGGCAGUACUCCAGAAAAUGAAGCUGAGGGACCGUCCUCUGCUGCACAUUUCUCCAGCCUCCCUCUCGCUUCUCCUCUACGUGGGGGGGGGGUAUCAUAAGAAGACUGAGGAAAAGGAGGACGCGUGAGGACAUGUUCACCGAAAUUAUGGCAGUAACCCGUACAGAGAGAGCUCAGCAGGGGGACUGGAAACAAUUGGUCGCAAAGUACAGGGAGGCUGCCAGUCAACGCGAAGACAGGAGGGACCAACGCGAAGACAGGAGGGACGCCAAAAAUGAUGUCAGGUGGUAGGAAGAUCAGCGCUGGCGAGCAGCAACUGUGGA